AUGAGAGUUCUGAAUGGACCAGCUGAUGUUCUCUCAUCGGUGCUUUCAAAUGCAAGGGCAAUAGGAAUAAGGGCAAAAUCUUUCCUGUUGGAUAUUUUUGAAUGCUGCGUAGUUGGUAAGUACACUUGUACUCUUGUUCAUGGCUACUGCAAGCAAGGGGAGUAUAUUAGGGCCUCAGAUUUGCUAAUUGAGAUGUCAACUAAGGGCCAUGAAGUUGAUAUUGUUUCGUAUGGAGCUUUAAUCCAUGGACUUAUUGUUGCAGGGGGAGUCGAUAUUGCAUCGACAAUCCGGGUCAGAAUGAUGGAAAGAGGGGUCUUACCUGAUGCCAAUAUCUACAAUGUUUUAAUGAAUACUUUCCAUGGCCGAGGUGGGGUGAUGCUUGACCAAAUUAUAGCACCUGAUGCAUUUAUUUAUGCUACUUUAGUGGAUGGGUUCAUUAGGCAUGGCAACCUUGACGAGGCCAAGAAACUAUAA